AUGGCCGGAAUGCCCAGCUACCCAGUACCAACUCCAGCGCCGAAAAAGAAAGGGAAGACCAAGCCCAAACACGCCACCACAAUCCCCAAACAGGACACUCCAUCCGCCGUGAUAAAGAGCCUGCAGUCAAUAACAUCAUGUGAUCAGGAGAUACGAAAGACGAAUAUAGAUAGGAUGAAAGGAACCUGGAGUGACAUAAUGCAGCUGUGUAAUAAAAAAUACUUGAAGCCUUUUUUGAUAAUUAAUUUUCUGCAGUUAGGCAGUUUAUUGGGGUUCAACGUAAUGAGACUUUGGGUGCCACACAUGUUUAUGGUUAUCAACAAUUUUGAUUCCACCAUGUGGGAUUGGUCGCUCGGUAACCCAACCAUGUGCGAUUACUUGUCGAGAGCUGUAAUCUUCGAGAGUCCAACCAACGAUACACUCUAUGUGAAUGACUGUGCUCAGUGGCGAAUCAACCCCAUUAUCUACGUCAGAUCGACCAUCAUCGCCUUUUCGACUGUUAGUUUUGGUUUUUUAUUCGCUCAAUUAUACACUACGAGACAUAGAAAAAGAAUGGCAAUGACAUUCUGCUACAUGAUUGCAGUAGUCAGCAGUUUCCUAGCGAAUUGGGUACAACUCGUCCCCAUAAUGCUUAUCCUAUCAUCGGCCAUUGUUGUCUCUAGCCGUAUAACGGGUAACAUAGUUAUCGCUAUUAACGCCACUACUAUUCCACUACCAUUAAGGGCAACUGCUGUUGGCUUCAUCACUAAUACUGGAAAUUUAGCGACAAUUCUGGGUAAUUUGAUUUUCAGCUUUUUACUUGGCGUCCAUUGUUACAGCGCCUUUGUUGGAAUUGGAUGUAUUUUAUUAUCAACGGUUCUAAGAUAA